AUCUAAAAAUGAGGCAUAGGUAACAUAGAGAAAGCAAGUUUCAGGAAAUCAAAGAUCACAACUCCAGAUCUUGAUAACCAGUUUGUAUUUUGGCCUGCAGGCCACAGAUUAUGCCCAUCAGUUAUUUAUAAAGUGACUUUUCAAUUUGCACACAGGUAGAUGUAGUUCAUACACACACACACACACACACACAUAUGCAUGUGCACACACACUUUAAACCCAGUACACACCUCACUCCUCUACCAUGUGAGCACAACAAGACCAUAAAAAGCAUUGCAAAGAUGGUUAACUACAUGGAACAUUUUAUGAUGGUACACAAACAAAUAAAUGGCAUUUAAUGAGAUGUAAUAUGAAUUUUAAAAGGAUAGAUAAACAAUUUACAAUACAGGAGCAAAAUCUGUGAUAAUAUCAUUUUUGUUAUUUGUAAUCAGUUGUAUCUGCAAUUACUGAGUGCCAAAUGUCCUCUGCCUUUCUGUAUUCUACCAAAAAGAUAAUGCAUCUCAUGAAGAUUCUCUGAACCAAGCGUCUUAUCCUACUGGCAGAUGGAAAUAUUGCCCUUACUUAGUAACCUGAAGCUAUGCCUCUUUUAUGAGGCAUAAAACUUCCUCAGAAAACAAACAACACUAAUGAAUGUUCAUAUGAAAACUGGCACCAACAGUGAUAAACAGAACAUCCGGUAUGUUCUGUAAAUACCCAUUUGCAGGCUGUAUAAAAGUCUCAGGAGGGAUGGAGACUCUGGGAACCAGUCAAUUGGAGUUUUGCAACUAGUCUUGUUCUUCACUUCUAAUAGGAUGACUUCUGACUGUUUCCCCACGUGCUGCUCUUCUGAAUCCUGUGCCCAGGCUUCCGACUGUGCACUUGCUUCAACCUGUUCCAUGGAGGCCACCUGCCUCCCCAGUGCCCCUGCUACAUCCAGAUGCCAGACCCCUAGCUUCCUAUCCAGGUCUCGCUUGCCAACUAGUUGCCUCACACCAUGCUACUUUGCUGGGAAUUAUAAUAUUCCUUGCUUGGUGGGGAACUGUGCUUGGUGUGAGGAUGGGGUGUUCAACAGCAAUGAGAAGGAGACGAUGCAGUUCCUGAAUGACAGACUUGCCAACUAUCUAGAGAAGGUCCGUGGCCUGGAAGAGAUGAACGCAGAGCUCGAAUGCAGGAUUCGAGAACAAUGUGAAGAGGAUAUCCCACUGGUGUGCCCUGAUUAUCAGUGUUACUUUGACACUAUUGAAGAGCUUCAGCAAAAGAUCUUAUGCACGAAGGCAGAAAAUUCCAGACUUGCUGUGCAACUUGACAACUGCAAACUGGCUGCUGAUGACUUUAGGUCAAAGUAUGAGUCUGAACUGUCUCUUCGCCAGCUGAUAGAGACGGACAUUGGUGGCCUGCGUGGGAUCCUGGAUGAGCUGACUCUGUGCAAAGCUGAUCUGGAGGCCCAUGUGGAGUCUCUGAAGGAAGAUCUCCUUUGCCUUAAGAAAAACCACAAAGAGGAGGUUGACUUGCUUCGUGGACAGUUGGGUGACCGACUCAGUGUAGAGCUGGACACUGCCCCCACCAUCGACCUCAACAGGGUCCUGGAAGAGAUGCGUUGUCAGUAUGAAACCGUGCUGGCCAACAACCGUAGAGACGUGGAAGAAUGGUUUGCUGUUCAGACAGAGGAGCUGAAUCAGCAGCAGCUGUGCAGCGCAGAGCAGCUGCAAGACUGCCAGACAGAGAUCCUGGAACUGAAACGCACAGCCAAUGCUCUGGAAAUUGAGCUCCAAGCACAGCAAAGCCUGACAGAGUCUCUGGAAUGCACUGUGGCAGAGACGGAGGCCCAGUAUAGCACCCAGCUGGCCCAGAUGCAGUGCCUGAUUGAUAACGUGGAGAACCAGCUGGCUGAGAUCCGCUGUGACCUGGAGCGGCAGAACCAGGAGUAUGAGGUGCUGCUGGACACAAAGGCUCUGCUGGAGGGUGAGAUCAACACAUACCGAGGUCUCCUUGAGAGUGAAGACAGCAGGCUUCCUUGUAACCCGUGUUCUACAAUAAGCACAUCAAGCAACACUUGUGAGGCAUGCUCAGCGUAUCUGAUUUGCACGGUCGAAAACUACUGUGCAUGAAUGUUCAACCCUCGGCGCAGUGGAUAGAGGAGUCAAAGCCAGCAGUGUCCUGGAAAGGAGAUGGGACUUCAAUCAGAUGCAUCCAAAUCUAAAAGUCAAGAAGGGGUUUCUACCCUAAAUUUGUCCUCUAAACAUCCCCAUUAUAUUUCUGCUUUGUCAUUUCCUCUCCUGCCUGCUUAUUAGUGAUAUUCUAGGAGUCUAUAAAGCUUUCUUGCUAAUCUCCAAAUAAAAUAUGUUUCAUUCCUUUAGCAUGGUAAAUAUAGCUUUGUGGCUUAUAACUGUGGAUAUAAGAACCAUGUGAUGCCUAAACCCAUGUCGAUAGUUUGAUUUUGCACAAACCGAGGCUGAAAAUAGUUUUUAACUCCUCAAAUACAAAAGUUUAACUAAUCCAUGCAAAAUGUCAUACAUCUUGGAAGACAGUUGUAUGUAUCUUUCUAAGAGGAAAUUUAAGAAUAAAUGUCUUAUUUGUAAUUAUAAAA